AUGCGUCCCCUCACUAUCGACUCUCUCAACCCAGCAAUCCUCAAGGUCGAGUACGCCGUCCGCGGUGAGCUCGCCAUCAAGGCAGAGAAGUACAGAGUCCAGCUCCAGGACAAGGACAACCAUGGCCUCCCCUUUGACAGGGUCAUCUCCUCCAACAUCGGUAACCCACAGCAGAAGGGCCUUGACCAGCCCCCAAUCACCUUCAACCGCCAGGUCGCUGCCCUCAUGGAGUACCCUGCUCUUGCCGAGCUCGCCCCCAAUGCGUUCCCCAAGGACGUGAUUGCCCGUGCAAAGGAGCUCUACGCUGAGAUUGGCUCCAUUGGCGCGUACUCUCAUAGCCAGGGUGUCCCCUUUAUCCGCAAAUCCGUCGCUCAGUUCAUUCAAGAACGAGACGGGUAUCCUGCCGAUCCCAACCACAUCUUCCUCACUGCAGGAGCUUCCGCAGGCGUAUCGCUCCUGAUCAACAUGCUGAUUUCAUCGCCUACUUCCGGAAUUCUCAUUCCGAUCCCCCAGUAUCCCCUUUAUACCGCCACCCUCGCUCAGCACCAUGGUGUUCCUAUCCCCUACUACCUAGACGAAUCCCAGGGCUGGGGCACUUCUGUCGACUCCAUCGAGGCUGCCCUCGAAAAGGCACACAAGAACAACGUCGUCCCCAAGGCCCUAGUCAUCAUCAACCCCGGUAACCCGACCGGUGCACUCCUAGACGAAGCCACCCAAAUCAAACUAGUCCAUCUCUGCGAGAAAUACUCACUCGUCCUUCUCGCGGACGAAGUCUACCAAUCCAACCUCCAUAAACCCGACCAGCACCCCUUUACCUCGUUCAAGAAGGUCGUCCGCAAGCUCGACUCACAUGUCCCCCUCGUUUCCUUCCAUUCCAUUUCCAAAGGCGUUACAGGCGAAUGUGGACGCAGAGGAGGCUACUUUGAAUGCGUCAACAUCUCCGAACCCAUCAUCGCUCUUAUGUACAAGAUGGUCUCGGUCGGACUUUGCCCUCCGCUCGCGGGCCAAAUUGGCGUUGAUUGCAUGAUUCGCCCUCCUAAACCAGGCGACGAGAGCUACGAGCUCUGGAAGAAGGAGACUGAUACCAUUCACGAGGCAUUGAGGACCCGGACCAGCAUCAUGGCCGAGCGGCUCAACGCGCUUCCGGGCGUUUCCUGCGUCGAUUCACCAGGUGCUCUCUACCUCUAUCCCCAAAUCACGUUGUCCAAGAAAGCACAGGAGGCUGCCCGUGCUGCCGGAAAGGAGCCUGAUGCAUUCUACGCCCUCGAACUAUUGGAUGCCACUGGUAUCUGCGUGGUCCCGGGAAGUGGCUUUGGGCAAAAGGAGAACGAGUGGCACUACCGCUUGACCUGCCUCUGCCCAGGCGUGGAUGAGUACGUGGGCAAGCUUGAAAAGUUCCACCUCUCCUUCAUCGAGAAAUGGGGCCUUGAGUGA